AUAUGCCCUCGGAAGAAUGAAAUCACCACUGCUCACUUUCCCGUUCCAUCCAGCAAAAUGACAAAGCCUGAAAGUUACAAAACGGUUAUGUGUAAGGGAUGGUUGGAAAUGGGAGGGUGCAGGUUUGGAGAUAACUGCCGUUUCGCGCAUGGUGAGGAAGAAUUACGACCAAUCAAGAUUCCGGUGGAUAACCCAAAGUAUAAGACCAAAUUGUGCGACAAGUAUACCAAAACAGGUGUGUGUCCAUAUGGGAAUCGCUGUCUUUUCAUACAUCCAAAAACACCAGGCUGUGACGGUCUCUUGGCCCAAAUAAUGAAGGGACGCAAACGACUGUUAUUAGAGACGAAACGCGAAGCAAAACUUAAAGAAACAAUAUUAACAGGUUCAAUAACAAUUGAAAAUAUUUUUGACUAUGUGAGAUUCUCAGAGAUAGUUGAUUCAAGUAAAAUUUCUUGUUUUCAUACUAACCCGUUUUUAUUUCUAUUUUUUUUAUCUAUAUUGUAUGUUCUGUGA